AUGUUGCAGUUGGUGGAAGCAGUCGAAGCCGAAGCCGAUGCGGCAGCGCUGCAGCGCAUGGACGGACCGACGGGCGAACGGACGGACGUAGAAACGAAUGGACUGCACAAGUCACAGAACCCAGUCAGCAGCAGAAGAGUCAUGCGCUCUUCACACGCACACACGCACUGCAAGCGACGCACCGCCAACGCCAUCGCAUCGCCCGCCACACGACUGUUCUCGCCGCCAGUGUGA